CCAUCAUCAUCACUGAUCAUACGAGAAAGAGGAUUCCUUUUUUAACAGGAUCGAUUUUUCCUCUCGAUUGGAUAUGAGGCAUGGUUUUGACAUUUACAGUGAGAGCAGAAUAGGAUGACAGAUGAGAUAAGAGGAAUACAGAUAAGUAUUCCAGAGUGAGCAGGGGCCAGUGGCAAUCAAGAAUCCUGAAUCCGGUAUCUGGCUCCAUGUUUUGCCGUGUGCCAGAGGAGUCCGUGGAAGAUGCCGAGAUCGCUGCAGAGGAGCUCUAAACGCACAGCUUAACACCAGCGCUGGGGAGAUCGGCUCUCCUCUCCUCUCCACUCCUCUGCUCUUGGGGAGGCGACGGGAAAGAGAGACAGCAGAGAGAGAGAGAGGGGGGAACAACGGAAAAACGGCAAAAGACAGAGAGUAGCUGUUUUUUUUAUUUUAUUUUUUUUAACCAGGCUUCUUGGACUAUCAGCCCUGUGUGAAUUUUCCUGACUCUCUCUCUCAUAACUGUUUUCUGGUUUUCUGGGAUGGUUUGAAGAAGCCUUGUAUGUGAUGCUUCCUGCACAGAGACCAGCAGUAUUCCCCCUGGUCACCAUCCCGAGAUUUCAAUGAGGAUAGUAGCCUCGCUCCACCCAGGAACAUGAAGGGCUUAUCAGGUGGUCGCGCACCGCACCAGAUUCCCACACUGCCCCCGUGUGGACUGGCGGAGUGCGAGCAUCUCCAUGACCUGCAUGGCAUGCACGUGUCUGAUCUGCGCCACUCCUACCUGCUCAGCCCCACGGAGACCUGCGCCAUGGACUACCAUCACCGUCUUUCCCCCCGCAGCUCCAUUCACUCCGACUGCAUGAUCAUGUCACCCGUGGCGCUAACUUCCACUGCCCCCGCCGACCACAUCUCCAGCAGCACCUUUCCCAGAAUGCACUACAGUUCGCAGUACUACGACACAGCUGCCCGGGAAGACUGUGCAGCCAUCACCACCUCAGCCACAUCUGCCGCCAUCGCUGCUGCAACAUCUGCCUCUCACCACGUCAGCAGCAACAGCAACCGCAUCCCCCCAAACCUGCUGGACCAGUUUGAAAAACAGCUUCCACUUCAUCGUGAUGGCUUCCACACACUCCAGUACCAACGCACAUCUCCCGCCACUGGUGGGGAGCAGCGCAGUGAGAGCCCCGGUCGCAUCCGACACCUGGUGCACUCCGUCCAAAAGCUCUUCACCAAGUCCCACUCACUGGAGGGAUCGUCCAAGAUGAAUGGCACCAAAGGUGACAGUGGAGGUGGGGGAAGCCAUCACCAUCACCACGGCAAUCAUCACUCAUCCAAGCAUGGCAGCAAGCGCAGUAAAAGCAAAGAGCGAAGGCAUCGGUCAGGGACAGGGGGCUGGUGGAGCUCGGAUGACAACCUAGACAGCGAUAGCACCUACCGCACGGCCAGCGCCUUGAGCCGCCACCAUUAUGAGCAUGUUGGCCACAGUUUCCCAGAAUCCAUGCACACUCACUUUGGAGACCACUCUCUCAAAACAUCCAAAAGCAACAAUGACGUCAAGUGUUCGGCCUGCGAGGGCUUGUCCAUGGCACCUGAGGGGAAGUAUAUGAAGAGGAGUUCCUGGUCAACGCUCACCGUAAGCCAGGCCAAAGAGGCCUACCGAAAGUCCUCCUUAAACCUAGAGAAGCCCAUGAUGCAUCGGGACCUUAAACCAUCAUUCCGGGCCUCACACUACCUACAGGUACCUCAGGAUGAGUGGGGGGGUUAUCCAGGGAUUGAGAAGGACGAGGAGAUCCCGUGUCGCCGGAUGCGUAGCAGUAGUUACGUCAAAGCCAUGGGAGACGAUGAUAGUGGUGAGUCUGAUACCAGCCCCAAGACGUCGCCUCAGAAGACUGUGCGGUCCGAUGCCCUUGUCCUUAAAUCAGCCAUGCAGAGGCCACAUAUAGACACCCAAAGCUCUGGCUACCACUUGCAAACAACGAGAGAUAUGCGCCCUCACCCCAGCGUGUCUCUGGACCCAGCAACCAACUUCAACCCUCCACAGUUUCGCUCCAGAAAUCAGAGCUACAUGCGUGCAGUCAGUACCUUCAGUCAGGCAAGCUGUGUCAGCCAGGUGAGUGAGACUGAGGUCAAUGGCCAGUUUGAGUCAGUUUGCGAGUCCGUUUUUAGCGAAGUAGAAUCCCAGGCCGUGGAGGCCUUGGACCUGCCUGGCUCUUUCCGCACUCGAAGCCACAGUUACCUGCGUGCAAUUCAGGCUGGGUAUUCCCAAGAUGAUGACUGCUUGCCUUCAAUGACAUCUUCUACUGUCACUUCAACUCUCAGAUCCACAACAGAAGGGUAUGAUGCAAUGGAGGGCACCUCGUUGCUAAAUGAGGAUAUAAUUGAGGACGAUGAUGGCGCCAGCUCCUCAGCUUAUCAGGAAAUCGAGCGGUUUGAAAGAGAAAACGCUGCACGUAGCCAACACAGCACCAGUUCCACGGUCACAGCUAUCUCCAUUCCUCCUACCUCCUCUCAUGCCUACCGAGUCCCAUGUCCGCCCCCGUCCCAGCCCCCACCAGAUCCUCCCAUCCCGCAGGCUAUUCAGGCUUUCAAGGAGUCCGCAAACAUGGUGGCUGCCUUCAACAUGCAGUGGAAGGAGGAGAUAUCGGCGAUGCGCUACGAGCUAGCGGAGCUGCGCAGGGAUGUCUGCGGAGAGCUCAAGACUUUCAACAGCAACUUCUUUAAUUUCACCCAGUGCUAUAACAUGUGGACCAUGUGCCGGGAAGCUGCCACUGGCACCAGUUCCAGCACCAGCACCAGCGAGAGGGUGUCUGUUGGCGUCCAGACCGGCGCUAAUGGUCUGGUGAGACAAAACACUGCAGACGCCUCAGUAAUGUGUCAGCCAGAACCGGCUGCCUUCAACAUUUUCGACCUGAUGGAGCCUCCACGCAUCGAGAUCACUGAGGGAACUCCUGAAGGAACCACAGCCGCCAACAGCCCAACCAGUCCAGAUAGGCCCACCACCGGCCCACCACUGUCAAAGCGGUUGGGACGGUCCAAACUGGACACUGGCAAGAAGAAGAACUGCAGUCGAGCAGAUGGUCAAAGAAGUGCCAGCCUUGAACUCUGGUGCAGAAAGUACACUAGUGGACCAAUGUCCUACUUAUCUCUAUCCUUCUGAUCAUUCUUAUCACUGGAACAGACAUUAACUUUGUUUCUGAAUCAACACUGUACACCUGCAUCCAGAGAAGAGCUUGUCCCUUUUCUCUUUUCAAAAAGAUGAUAGCUUCUCCAAAAGGAGAAGGUGUCGUUUUGGCAUAAUGGGGAUAGUGUAGCUUUUCUAGAUGGAACCAUUUGCUGUGCUGGAUCAUAAAUCUGUUUACAUCACCACAGAAAUGAUUCAUGAAUGUCAUUUGCAUUGUAAGGAAUGUCGCAAUUGUCUGACUGUCACCAUCAGUGUUUUGUCCAAGGCUAAAGCAGUUUUUGUGACAGAGGUGAAUUACCUCACUGCUCAAUCUGACCAAAAGAACUUAUGAAUAUAGAUGAAAGAUGCAAAAAAAAUUAACUUAUACUUUUAAUGUUUAUCAGAUAAAUCAAAAACAUUUAAAUUCGGCAAAU